GGCGUAAAGGUCCACUGAGGCGGAAUCCAACUAUAAGAUUAUUAGGUCAUCCAGUUAGGACUGUUUCCCAGUUGAAAUAUCUAGGUGUCAUCAUAGACAACCGCCUCAACUGGAUUCCACAUUUGCAUCAUAUACACCAGAAAGUAGUAUCUCUUACCAAUAACAUGAGACGAACUACUGGCAUGUAUUGGGGCAUUAGACCAGACAUGUUGAAGAUCUGGUAUCGUACAAUAACAGCGAGGGUGAUUUUGUACGGGUCUUCAGCAUGGGGUAUUCAUCUUAAUGGAAACCUGAGAAGGAAACUCAAUUCUAUUCAGCGUCUCCAACUCCUCAUGAUUACUAAAGCUUAUAGGACCACCUCGACAGAUUCAUUGCAGGUGCUCGCUGGGUUACCACCAUUGGAUCUUGUCGUGGAGAGAGAGGCUGGACAAGCACGGAUCCUACGCAUAAAGAAAGAUUUUAUCUUGUGGGGUACCCAUUACCGCUCUCGUGAUUACGAGGAUCAUUCCCCUCGUUCUCUGGGACAUCCGGCGGACAUAAAUUAUGAUGACAAAGUCACCAUAGAGCCCUUAAUUCCGGCUAGGCACGAAAUUUGUCUUUAUACGGAUGGUUCCAAAACGGAGCUUGGCACAGGUAGCGGCUUCUGCGUCAUGCGAGGCAAUACUAUCUGCUACACUUGGUCACAGAGGCUGUCAGAUUACAAUAGUGUAUUUCAGGCGGAACUUGUAGCAAUUAAGGCAGCAUUAGAUUAUAUUAAGCAAAAUCUAACAGGACCAGUCAGAAUACUGAGUGAUUCAGCAUCGAGCCUACUGGCCAUUAAAGAACUCAACAGCAAAGCGGAUUCUGUCCACAUUAUUAGGGAUGCUCUACUUCAGAUUCCCGAGUCCCAACGACCGUACUUGAGCUGGGUUCCAGCGCAUGUAGGCAUUGCUGGAAACGAAGAGGCCGAUAGGCUUGCUAAGCUAGCAGCUAACGACUUGAAUAUGCCUUAUCAGCUUUACUAUGUCAGUGUGUACUUUUCUGAUGCGAGCAGUGAAUAUGGUAUAGAUUUCCUCAAGACAGCUGAAGCUGAGCUUAACUUCCGGGAAGAAACUCUAAUAUUCCAAAUGAAACCCAGGCCCAAGGAACCUAUGGAACAACCUGUAUUGGACCUGAGCCACAUGCAACCUGAAGAGAGAUUUCCUGAUUUAUUUUCUGAGAAUCCAGAAAUUAUUUAUUUUCUGAGAAUCCAAAUUGUUCAGCAUGAAAUAGAACUAAAGAAUAACAAACCGUAA